GGCGGGCGACAUGUUCCGGGUGCCGGAGACCGAGGGUGGCCGGGCUGGCUCCAGGGCCAUGAAGCCCCCGAGAGGAGACUCAAGCAGUCUGUUUGGAAGUCCAGAAGAAGCUGUCCCUUCAAGCAGGCCCAAUAGGAUGGCAUCUAACAUUUUUGGACCAACUGAAGAGCCUCAGAAUGUACCUAAAAGGACCAAUCCCCCUGGGGGCAAAGGAAGUGGUAUCUUUGACGAAUCAAUGCCUGUGCAGACUCGACAGCGUCUGAACCCCCCUGGCGGGAAGACCAGUGACAUCUUUGGGUCCCCGGUCACUGCUGCCUCGCCCCUGGCACACCCAAACAAGCCCAAGGACCACGUGCUCCUGCGUGAGGGGGAGGAGCCCGCCCCGGACCUCAAAGCCGCAGCGAGCGCCUCGCCCAGACAGGAGCCCGGCGAGCAAGGCGGCCCGAGGGAGGCGGCCUGUGCCCAGGAGCCCGCGCCCCCGCUGGACAGCCACGAGCCCAGGCUGGGCCCGCGGCCGCGCUCUCACAACAAAGUCCUGAACCCACCUGGGGGCAAGUCCAGCAUCUCCUUCUACUGAGGCACCGCCGCAUCCCUCACCGCCAGACAAGCCCGGGAGAUAGUUUAGAUAGAGUUUCUUUCAGCCCAGAGAAGCGGGGUGGGGAGCGGGUCUGGGGGAGCCCGCGGCCUGGCCCCACAGCCGUCCUGAGGCCUUGGCCUUCCAGGUGCCCGGGGUCGCGGCGCCCGUGGGAGAGGCCCCUCUGGUGGCCCGGGGAGCGGGGUCUUCUCGUCUUUGGUAUGUUGGCUCAUUGGGCGUCCAGGUGUCGCUGACAGAGUAGCAGUUAGAGCCUCUGGGGGGAAAAGGAAACCCUGGUGGGUUCCUGCGGGACGGAGGGGCCAAUGUGGACCCCCUCGCGCGGGGGUCUCUGUGGAGACCCUCGGAUCCCCGGGCUGCGACCUCCGGGCCCACGGCCUCCACUCCCAGGAACUCAGUUUCUCUCUUGAGUUCCACACAUGUUCCUGAAAUACCCUGAUUGCUUUUCCUCCGUGGCUGUGGGCAGAACACCGGAGCGCCGUUCUCGGUCUUAGGCUUGAUGGAAAGAUUCCGUAGCCGGGUCUUCCAAGGAGCCCCUCGUUGCCAUGUCAAACCCUGGCCACGUCUUACCUGGGAAUCACCACCUGUCAUCCAUCAGAGACUAGUUUCGGACUCUUUCCAGGCGGUUUUGCCUGUGAAUUGUCCCCUUCUUUCGCAUCGGCCUUGGGCCUAGGCCCUUGCUCCCCACCACUACUGCGGACGCUCCCCCACCAGCCCCACUGCUUGUCUGCAAGGCCGCUCAGCUCAGCAGGCCUUUAAGCCACUGACAUACGUCCAGGUAACGGGAUUAUCCUUGCUCUGUCUUUUUUAUAGUCCUGUUGACAGUAG